ACACAUGCUUUCUAAUCUCCAGCCCUUAAAAAUGCAAAAAUGAUCUUGUGCAAGGUUUAACCAAAAAACAACAACGAUGGCUAAAACCAGAGGAUCUUGUUUUGUCAUCAUCGCUCUUAUAGUGAUCACCAAUCUGUGUAUCUGUGAAGCUGUCUUGUCUCAGAAAGAAGAGGACAAGGUCUCUAAACUGCCUGGUCAGAACUUCAACGUUGACUUCGCUCACUACUCUGGGUUUAUUACUACUAACGAGAAACUGGGAAGAGCACUCUUCUACUGGUUCUUUGAAGCCGCCGAUGAUGCUGCCUCCAAACCCCUCGUUCUCUGGCUCAAUGGAGGACCAGGAUGUUCAUCUGUUGCAUAUGGUGAAGCAGAAGAGAUAGGACCUUUUCACAUUAAGUCAGAUGGGAAGACUCUUUACCUUAAUCAAUACUCUUGGAACCAAGCUGCGAAUAUUUUGUUCCUGGAUGCACCUGUAGGAGUUGGCUAUUCAUACUCAAACACUUCAUCUGAUUUGAGUAGCAAUGGUGAUAAGAGAACUGCUCAAGACUCACUGAAGUUUCUGCUGAAAUGGGUUGAGCGUUAUCCUGAGUAUAAAGGAAGAGAGUUUUACAUAGUUGGAGAGAGCUAUGCAGGGCAUUACGUUCCUCAGCUGAGUCAAGCCAUUGUAAGACAUAACCAAGCUUCUGGCGACAACACUAUUAAUCUUAAGGGUUACAUGGUAGGAAAUGGACUGAUGGAUGAUUUCCAUGACAGGCUUGGUCUUUUCCAAUACAUUUGGUCGUUGGGUUUUAUCUCUGACCAAACAUAUAGCUUACUGAAACUUCAGUGUGGUUUUGAAUCUUUUGUUCACUCCUCCAAAGCGUGUGAUAAGGUUCUGGAGUUAGCUGACAAGGAAAUAGGUAACAUAGACCAAUACAGCGUCUUCACACCGGCAUGUAUUGCUAAUGCUACCCAGUCAAAAAUGUUGCUGAAGAAAAGACCAAUGACUAGCCGGGUGAGUGAGCAGUAUGAUCCAUGCACGGAGAAACACUCUAGAGUGUAUUUCAAUCUUCCAGAGGUUCAAGAAGCUCUCCAUGUCCCGCCAGGACUUGCACCAUCCAAAUGGGAUACUUGCAGUGAUGUAGUGAAUGAACACUGGAAGGACUCUGCUUCCUCGGUUCUGAACAUUUACCACGAGCUUAUAGCUGCAGGGCUACGCAUUUGGGUUUUCAGUGGAGACGCAGAUGCUGUUGUACCAGUGACAUCAACCCGGUACAGCAUAGAUGCACUAAACCUGCGUCCAUUGAGUACUUACGGUCCUUGGUACAUAGACGGACAGGUGGGAGGGUGGACUCAGCAGUAUGCUGGUCUAAACUUUGUGACAGUGAGAGGAGCAGGACAUGAGGUUCCUUUGCAUAGACCGAAGGAGGCUCUUGCGCUCUUCAAAGCUUUUAUAUCUGGAACACAGCUGUCAAUACCCGAGAGCAGCAUCAGGAAAGACAUGCCUGAACUCGUUAGUGACUCAUGAUGAGUGGGAUUCUGACUCAGAAAUCUUUCAGUUAUUGAAUGAAGAAAAAUAGAGAAUAAUGACUAUGACUUGAAGUUUCAAGUGUUUCGUUUGAAUUGGUUCUUCUGGUUGUUUGUUUAAAACAUUUAAUGUUGGAUUAUACUACUUUCUCAGUUUCAAAUUAAUCCAUGUUUUGGAUUUUUCAUAA